GCUAGCUGCCGCCUGGGAGAGCACCCACGGAGCCGACAGGCAGCCGGCUGGCGCCGCAGGCUCCCCCGCAGCAGCCCCCUCUCCCGACCGCUCUUGAAGAGACAGACUCGGUCCCUGGACCCGCCAGGUGAGGCAGAGCUUGCUGUAGGGCUCGCUGUUACCAGGGGGGCACAGGACCUACCGGGCCAAGGCGGGACUCGCUGGGAUGACCCGCGCCUCCCGGGGACGCGGUGGGGGCUAAAGCAGGAGAAGUGGGCUUGUAUUUUUCCUGUAAAGGUGAGGAGUCUUCUCUCUAGCACUUGGUUUGAUGUACCCAACAGGUCCAAAUACGCUUCCAACAGGUUGUAGAGAGCAGUCACGUGGGGCAGGUUGGGAGCGGCGCCCGCCCUCCCCGCCUCCCUCCGCUCGGAAGCGCACUUCUCCCAGAGUUACACGUCGACGAGCCUAACCUGAGCUUUCCAUUCCGCUCUGCAGCGCCGGCGUCCGGGAAGGCCGGAGACGGGCUCGGAGCCUGGCAGCGAGCGCCCCGGCGCGGGUCCGGUGCCCGGGAGCGCAGAACCCGGCAGGGUGGCGGCCGGAGAGACCGAUCGCCCGCUCCCCGCCCUCGCCGGGAUGCACAACGCGUCGUCCUGGGGGCCGGGGCGCUUGAACACAUCGUGCCCCGGGCUCGAGCUUCGCUGCCCCAACGAGUCCGUGCCGCCGCCGCCGCCGCUGCCGCCGCCGCUCGCCGUGGCAGUGCCGGUCGUGUACGGGGUGAUUUGCGCCGUGGGACUGGCGGGCAACUCGGCGGUGCUGUACGUGCUGCUGCGGGCGCCCCGCAUGAAGACGGUCACCAACCUGUUUAUCCUCAACCUGGCCGUGGCCGACGAGCUCUUCACGCUCGUGCUGCCCAUCAACAUAGCCGACUUCCUGCUGCGGCGGUGGCCCUUCGGGGAGCUCAUGUGCAAGCUCAUCGUCGCCAUUGACCAGUACAACACCUUCUCCAGCCUCUACUUCCUCACGGUCAUGAGCGCCGACCGCUACCUGGUAGUGCUGGCCACCGCAGAGUCGCGCCGGGUGGCGGGCCGCACGUACGGCGCGGCGCGCGCAGUGAGCCUGGCGGUGUGGGGGUUCGUGACACUGGUGGUGCUGCCCUUUGCCGUCUUCGCGCGCCUCGACGACGAGCAGGGACGGCGCCAGUGCGUGCUGGUCUUCCCUCAGCCCGAGGCCUUCUGGUGGCGCGCGAGUCGCCUCUACACGCUGGUGCUUGGCUUCGCCAUCCCGGUGUCCACGAUCUGCGUCCUCUACACCACGCUGCUGUGCCGGCUGCGCGCCAUCCGCCUUGACAGCCACGCCAAGGUCCUGGACCGCGCCAAGAAGCGGGUGACGAUCCUGGUGGCGGCGAUCCUGGCCGCGUGCCUCCUCUGCUGGACGCCCUACCACUUGAGCACCGUGGUGGUGCUCACCACCGACCUCCCGCAGACGCCGCUCGUCAUCGCCGUCUCCUACUUCAUCACCAGCCUGAGCUACGCCAACAGCUGCCUCAACCCCUUCCUCUACGCCUUCCUGGACGACAGCUUCCGCAGGAGCCUCCGCCAGCUCAUGACAUGCCGCGCCGCGGCCUGAGCCUGCGCUGCCCCGGCGCUCAGGGUGGUCCCGGAUCCAGAGCCCCCCUCCCCCAACUUGCUGGCGAUGCAGAUUCUCUGGCCUCCC